AUGGAUUCGCCAGGAAGUAUCAGUAGCGAUCUGCGACGGCAAAAUGAGGAGCUUCGCGCACGCCUCGCUGGUGAAUCUGCUGACCACAAGCGCAGACUCGAGGCUUACCGCCGAGCACAGCAGGGGCAAGCUUCUUUGGUGUCAAGACUUCAAGCUAAGGUACUUCAAUACAAGCAGCGUUGUGCUGAACUGGAGAAUCAAAUGCUGGAGUCGACGCCUCGUAGUGAUCCUUCAUACCGUCAGCCCAGCAAGACAUGCAUUGCGCUCCCGGCGCCGGCCGCUCUGCCCACCCCGUCGUCUUCGGAAUACCAAAUGGAUGAGCGGAUAAACGACUUAGAGACAGCAUUGCGUCGCCUCGAUGAAGAAAAGCGCAAAUGUGAAAAACUUUUAUCACAAAACAAUUUGCUACGUGAUCAACUAGAAGAGUCUCACCAACUUAAUGAGGCCCUUACCAACGAUCUACAAAAGUUAACUAAUGACUGGGAGGCACUUCGUGAUGAAAUGGCUAUAAAAGAGGAUGAAUGGAAAGAUGAGGAACAGGCUUUCAACGAUUAUUACUCAAGUGAGCACAAUCGUCUGCUCAGCCUGUGGCGUGAGGUAGUAGCUGUUAAGCGCUUCUUCUCCGACCUGCAGACCAGCACUGAGAGGGAUUUGUACAAAGUGAAGAAUGACUUUGACUCGGUUACAAGAGACUUGGUUGGCACUUUGAGUGGAUAUGCUAUCACUUCAUUUGCUUCUCAGAAUAUAAAGCCAGAUUGCCAACAGGCUUUGCCAACUACAGUUGUGGGGGUGGGGACGCGUGGAGCGGUGGACACUUUGCGUUCGGAGCUGCGGGAUGUGACGUCACAGCGCGACGCCGCCACUGCCGAGCUGCGUGAACGAGACGCACGUAUACAGCGUCUCCUUCAGGAGCUGCAAGCGCUGGAGGAGAGGUGCGACUGCGCAGAGGCCGCUUGCGCAGAGGGCGCCACUCUCCGGAACGCGUUGGAGCAGGUGGCCCGCGCCCUCAUACAGGAUUCGGAUGGCGACAGGGGCGAGGCGCGCGAGGGGCGCGCGCCAUCUCGCAGGGCUGCCACCUCCACGGUGGGCGACGUGGCCGCCUUCGCGGAGAGCACCCUCUCCGCGGUGCAGGCAGCCCUGCACAACUACCACCUGCACAUCCACGACCUGCAGGUAAAACUGGACAACUGCAAGGACCAGCUGUCCGCUAGCAGGAAGCAGUGCGAAGCUGCAGACGGCACCGUCGCUGCACUCGAGGAUAAGCUGCGAGACCUGCAAGGUAAACUGGAUCAGACCAACAUCGAUCUCAAUCAGGUGGUACAGGAGCGGGAGUCCCUGCAGAAAACCGUGGAGACGCUCAGGGCGGACAAGAACAAUCUAGAACGGAACAGGCUCGAAAUCAAUGCCAUGGUUGAAUCUCUGACUUCGGACUACGAGAAGCUGCAGAAGAUAAACUCGCGGCUGGAGAAGAACAUCGAGGCGCUGGAGGAGGACAAGCGCGCGUUGAACGCAGAACUGGAUCGGCUGCACCGCGAGGCGGCCAGCAGGGAGAGCGUUCUCAGGGCGGAGGAGGAGCGUUCCACCCGCCUUAGAAGCGAGCUGGUAACCGUCCGAGAAGAGCUGAACAAGACGGCGCUGGCGCGGGACCUGCUCGACCAGCAGAAGAUAGAGACGGACUCCAUUUUCUCGCAGAUGGAGAAGCACAGAAGCGAACUUGAGAUAGAGCUGGAGAGGACUAUUCUGGAGCGCGGCGAUCUGCAGGACUUGAUGGAGAAGCUGGAGUCGGCGCUGCGCGACGCCGAGGCCGAGAAGACCAAGCUGCAGGAGGAUAUAAAGCAGCUGGAGGCGGAGCGCGGCGCGGCGUCGCGGCAGGCCGCCGAGCUGCAGGCCGACCUGGCGUCGCUGCGCAAGGAGCUGCUGGCCGGCGAGCAGGCGCGCAUGGCGCUCGACGCCGAGCGCGCCGCGCUGCUCGACCGCCUGGCGGCGCGCGACGGCGCCGCCGACCAGCUGGAGCUACAGCUGCGCCAGCUGGCCAGGGAGCGGAGCGAGCUGAGCUCCCAGCUGAGCGAGAUGGCGCGCAAGAAGGAGGCCCUGAAGGAGGAGAUGGCGCGGCUGCAGCAGCGGCUGGAGCAGGCGGGCGACACCAUCGCCAGGCUUAAUCGCUCCGUGGACGACCACGUCAAGGACGGCGAGCAGAAGCAGGCGGCGCUGGCGCAGCUGGAGCGCGAGCGGCAGCAGCUGCAGGAGGCGCUGGCGGGCGCGCGCGCGGAGCGGGACGCGCUCGAGGCGGCGCUCUUCGACACGGGCGCGCUGCUCGACGACGCGCAGGCCAAGGGCGCGCAGCUCGAGCGCCAGCUCACCGAGCUGCUGGUGCGCCACGAGGACGCCAAAGGCCAAAUAGCCAGCCUGACGAAGGACCUGGAGAGCAGCGACAAGAAGCUGCGUGAGACGAGGAGCAGCCUGCAGCAGCAGUCCGGCAAGAAGGAGGCGGAGUACCAGCAGAUCAUCACCAACCUCAACCGCACCACCACGGAGAACAUCACCAAGCUCAAAGAGGAAAAGGAGCAACUGCGGCAAGCGCUGGAGCAGAAGCUCAGCCAGAUGAUCGCGUCGCUGAACAGCGAGAAAGAGAUAAUCGAGGCGAGCGCGCGAGAGAGGGAGAGGAAGCUACUCGCGCUGAGGGACCAGCUCAUGCUGCAGCACGACGAGGCGUUGCUACGCGCAGAGAACGACAAGCAGCAGGCCCUGCUCAUGGCCCACCAAGAGCACCAGGCUCUGUUGGAGCGGUUGGAGGACGCGAAGCGGGCGCUGGACUGCGAGCAGAGCAAGCUGGAGAGGUUGCGCCGCGAAGCCCAAGUCAAGGCGGACCAGGACAGGACCAGCAUCAACCAGCUCAAGGACGAGCUGGCCGCCCUCAGGAACAAGCUGGAGGAAGCGAAGGCGUCCGCCGAGGACGAGUGCGCCCGCCACGAGAGCCGCACGAAGGAGCUGCAGCUGGAGAAGGAGGCGCUCGGCCGCGAGGGGCAGGAGCUGCGCGCAGCACUAGCGCUGGCCGAGCACAGGCACGAGGCGGCGCACGCGCAGCUGCAGGACGCGCUGCGCAAGCUCAAGGAGGGUCGGCGGCACUUUUCAUCUUAUUGUUAUCUACACGUGCACACACACACACACACUUGUGCGCGCACGUGCACGCCCGUACGCACACAGUCGCAAAGAGCGAGCGCUAACGUAAGCGGUGGCCCCGGCGCAGCGGAGAACGAGGCGGAGGGCCUGCGCAAGGAGCUGUGCGACGCGCGCCGCCAGCUGGCGUCGUGCCGCGCCGAGCGCGAGCAGCUGGCCUCCGCGGCGCGCGACCUGCGCGCGCACGUCAAGCGCGCCGAGCACGAGCGCCGCGACGCCGCGCGCGCGCGCGACGACGCCUACCACAAGAUCGCCGGGUUGGAAGAGUCCCGGGCGUCGGUGGAGACGGAGCUGGCGCGGGUGCAGGCGCUGCUGAAGGAGGCGGAGUGCGGCGGCGAGGCCAGCGCGCGCUCGCUGCGCGCCGCUGAGGCGCAGCUCAAGCGCGAGCGCGCCGCUCUCGAGCAGGCGCAGCACGACGCCAAGGAGCUUCAGUCUCGGCUGCAGAACGAGAGCGAGGAGCGCGAGCGCAGCGCGGCCGAGGCGUGCGCUCUGAAGCGGCGCGGCGCCGAGCUGGAGGCUCUGCUCGCGGCCGCGCGCACCGACCUCAACGCCGCGCGCCAGCGCUGCGCCGACCUGGAAGACGCCUGCCGCGCCAGGGACCAGGAACUUAUGAUGCGCUUGGAAGAUUGCCGAUCGAAAGAGCGGCGGUUGGAGGAGUUGAAGCAUAAUCUGGAGGUGUGCCUUGCCGACGCCACGCAGCAGAUACAAGAGCUCAAGACGCGGCUGUCGGCGUGCGAGAGCCGCUCGCGCUCGGUGGAGGCGUCGCUGGCGCAGAGCGAGGCGGGCCGGCGCGAGGCGGAGGCGCGUCUCUCCUCGGUGGCGCACACGCUGCGGCGCGUCUGCGGCGUGCAGCCCGACGGCAGCGUGGCGGCGGCGCGCCGUCGCCUCGCCAGCCCCGCGCGCCGCUACAGCCCGCACAGAGGUCGCGAUCAUUCUGAAGAUCGAAACGAAAUCAUAGAUGUCGAUCCCGAACUCAUCAAGAAGGGUGUCCGCAACUUCAUGCACGAGGUGUGCCAAAUGGAGCGAGAGAAGGAGGAGUACAAGGCGCAGGCGCAGGCGCUGCAGAAGCAGGUGCGCGAGGCGACGCAGCAGCGCGGCAAGGGCGAGGGGCGGCUGCAGGCGCUCGGCGCGGACGUGCGCGCGCUGCACGAGGAGCGCGCGCGCCUGCAGGCCGCAGCCGCGCACAAGGACGCGCAGCUCGGCGCGCUGAACGAGUCAAUCCAGGCCAAGACAACGGAGAUCAGCAACUUGCGCGACAAGAUAACCAGUCUGGAGGCGGCCCUGAGCUCUGUUACUGAGGACAAAGUUCAAAACGAGAAUAAAUCGGAGAGCUUACGGUUGCAGCUGGCUGAGCGUAUUCAGGAAAUCGCGCAACUGCGGGAGGCCCUAACGGCCGCUGAAGGCCGCGGCGCGCGCCUGGACGUGAGGCGGGCGCAGCUGGAGGGCGACGUGCAGCGCGCCGCCGUCGCCGCCAGGGACCGCGACCAGGCGCUCAAGAAGCUGCAGGAGCGGUGCGAGGGCCAGCAGCGCAGCACCGCCUCGCUGGAGGAGCGCUGCACGUCGCUGAAGGGCACCGUGGAGCAGCUGUCGGGCGCGCUGCAGAAGGCGGCCGCGGCCGAGAGCGAGCUCAGGGCCGAGCUGAGCAAGGCUCAGCGCGCGCUCGCCGAGGCCAGGGGCCGCGAGCAGAGCGCGCUCGACAAGCUCAGGCAGGCGCAGAAGAACUGCACCAACUGCGAGAACGAUCGUCGCGUGCUGUCGGAGAAGCUUGAAAGCGCUAAGUCCGCUUUAAGCGAGCUGAAGCGGCUGAACGCCACCCUGGAAGAUCAGGCGCACAGGCUCACCAAGCAGCUGGCUGAUGUCGAAGUACAAAGGUCCGCCCUGGAGUCGCAGCUGCGCGUGUCCGCGUGGGAGGGCGGCGUGGGCGGCGUGGGCGGCGUGGGCGACUCGAGCGACGGCGAGCUGCAGCGCGAGCUGCACGAGCUGCAGCGGGAUCGCGCCGAGCUUAAAGCGCAGAACGAAGCGCUUCAGGUCGCUUUCGCGCUGCAGGAGACGGUGCGCCGCGCGUGGGCCGAGCGGCGGGGCGCGGCCGCGCUGCGCAGCAGGAGCCACGAGCGCGACAAGCUCUACUACGGCGACCUCGACUCGGGACCGGACUCAAACAAGGACUCGAUCCGCGAUCCGAAAGAGCCUUCGUGCACGUGCAAGGGGCGCGGCUUCAACGCGGAGCUCAAGAUGCUCGAGCUGGAGAACAGGGAGCUCCGAAUGAAGAUCAGGCGCUUGGAGAAGGAGCUCUCCGACAAGGAGGCGGAGCUCUCUCUGGCGAGGGGCCGGUACUCGGGGGAGGCGGGCGGCGCGAGGCGCGAAGAGGCCGAGAGGCACACGCAGCGGCUGCUGGAGGCGCGAGAGGCCGCGCACCGCGACCACGUGGCGCGGCUGGAGGCUCAGGCGUCGCAGCUGCGCGCGCAGCUGGCGGCCGAGCUGCGGCGGCGGCAGGCGUACGUGGCGCGCAGCGGGCGGGCGGCGCGCGACGUGCAGCGGCUGCGCUCCGCGCUCGGCGACUCGCUGCGCGCCGUCUCGCAGGACCCGGCGCUAGACUCGCGCACGCUGCAGCAGGAGGCGCGCAAGCUUGACACUACGCUGGCGCACAGCCUGCCGCCCCUCGGCGAUGCCUAUGAUGUCGGCAAA